CUCUAUGCAGUAUAUAUAUGUAAUUUUACUGUUUCGUUUAAUGUUUUGUAAACUAUGGCGUGGUGGUUUCAUAGGAACCCUUUAAAGGCGACAGCUAAAGUCAAUUUUGAGUUGAAAUUAAUUGCGAAUGAUUCUCAGGCGAUUCAGGUAUGCAGUGAAUUAAGGCAGACAAGGAACAGGCUUUUGGAUCUUCUAACUGAUCCAAACCAUGAGGCUGAUACCUUAAACACAGCUUUUGAGCGAUACUUAAGUCUUCUUCUAGGGUUGAUAGUAUCUCCUGAUGGUAAAGGUGAGAGCAAAUUACGAUAUACAACUCGUUUUCGAUGGACACAGUCAUUACUGGGAGAUAUUCCACUAGCACAGACAGAUGCUGUAUUUGAACUAAUUUCAAUUUCUCAAAAUGUUGGAAUUUGGUUUAUGAAGCAUGCUGCAAUGAUUGCUGGUAAAGAUGAGAUAAACAUGGAUGAAGCAAAAGAAGUACAUAAAUGUCUACGAAAAGCUGCAGGAAUAUUUACUACUAUGCAGGAACGAUAUGUAGGAAAUUUACUUCAAAAAUGUGAACCUGGUUCUGAUUUGGAUUCUGCAGUUGUGAAUGCCUAUAUCACUCAGUGUACUGCAGAAGCUCAGGAAAAAAAGGCAUUAACUAGUCCAGAGGCAGAAAAAUGGAAGUUAGCCAUGGAAGAAGAGUUGGAAAAUUUAAAACAAAAUGAAACUUGGGACUUUGUGCCUAGGCCAGAAGAAAGGAAUGUCAUGAAAUGUAAGUGGGUAUUCAAGAGAAAACUGAACAAAGAUGGACAAGUAGAAAGAUAUAAAAUUCGUUUAGUUGCUCGUUACAUCCAAGUCGAAGGAAUUGACGACAAAGAGACAUUUUCUCCUCCACCAGUGAGUCUGCACGAGAAAACACAUAGACAUUUGCUUGCUAAAGAGAAGCCUUUAUGGACUUCAUCAGUCUGGGAGAGAGUGGAAUAUCUGCCUCGAUAA